AGCUUAACAUAUAUUAGAAAUGUAAUCAGUUUAUAUUGAUUUUGUUUUCACCCUCUCCCCUCUUAAACCCCCUCAACACUGCCCCCCAGAUUGUGUUUGUAACAGAGACUCCACAAUGAAGCGAAAUAAAGAUUCUGACUGUGUUGAAGAGUCGCCCCCUGAGCACGCCGAUGUCAUUCAGACCAUAUACAGCUCCAUUAGUCCACCUGAGGAGCAGUCCAACAUCUCAACCUACUUCGACGAGAAGAUUCCGGUGCCUGAAGAUGUCACACAGCUCUUCAGUUUCAGGAAGCUGUGGGCCUUCACUGGUCCUGGUUUCCUGAUGAGCAUCGCUUAUUUAGACCCUGGGAACAUCGAAUCGGAUCUUCAGUCAGGAGCUGUAGCAGGAUUUAAGCUCCUGUGGAUUCUCCUUAGUGCCACCAUUAUCGGUCUCCUGCUGCAGCGUCUGGCGGCUCGACUCGGCGUCGUCACAGGGAUGCACUUAGCUGAAGUGUGCCAUCGUCAAUAUCCUACGGUUCCUCGGAUCAUUCUCUGGUUGAUGGUGGAGUUGGCCAUUAUUGGCUCUGACAUGCAGGAAGUGAUCGGCUGUGCCAUCGCUCUCAACCUGCUGUCUGUGGGCCGGAUUCCCCUGUGGGCAGGUGUACUUAUCACCAUUGUGGACACGUUUGUAUUCCUCUUUCUGGAUAAAUACGGUUUGCGUAAACUGGAAGCUUUUUUUGGUUUCCUCAUCACCAUCAUGGCAGUUGCUUUCGGCUACGAGUAUGUGCGUGUAGCCCCGGAUCAGGGUGAGGUGUUGAAGGGGAUGUUUCUUCCAUACUGUCAGGGCUGCGGAGCUGCACAGUUGGAGCAGGCAGUUGGGAUUGUUGGAGCAGUUAUAAUGCCUCAUAACAUCUACCUGCACUCUGCCCUCGUUAAGUCUCGAGAUGUGGAUCGGGCGAAUAAGAAGGAAGUGAAGGAGGCAAAUAAAUAUUUUUUUAUCGAGUCUUGUAUCGCGCUCUUCCUCUCCUUCCUCAUCAACGUCUUCGUGGUGUCCGUGUUUGCUGAGGCCUUUUACAAUAAAACCAACAUGGAAGUGAAUCUACAGUGUAAUCAGACCGGAAGUAUACACAAAGACCUGUUCCCACUUAACAACAACACACUGCAAGUCGACAUUUACAAAGGGGGUGUGGUCCUGGGCUGUUUCUUUGGGCCUGCAGCGUUGUAUAUUUGGGCGCUGGGGAUUCUGGCAGCGGGUCAGAGCUCCACCAUGACAGGAACCUACUCAGGCCAAUUCGUCAUGGAGGGUUUUCUGAACCUGCGCUGGUCUCGGUUUGCGCGAGUGUUAUUAACGCGCUCCAUUGCUAUCUUCCCCACGCUGCUUGUGGCUAUUUUCCAGGAUGUUACACAUUUAACUGGCAUGAACGAUUUCCUCAACGUACUGCAGAGCAUGCAGCUCCCAUUUGCGUUGAUCCCAAUCCUGACCUUCACCAGCCUUACAUCUAUCAUGAAUGACUUCGCUAAUGGCCUGUUCUGGAAGAUUGGAGGAGGUUUCACCAUCCUGUUAGUGUGUGCGAUUAAUCUGUACUUUGUGGUGGUGUAUGUGACCGCUCUAAACAGUGUGCUGCUCUACGUCCUGUCUGCUCUGCUCUCCAUCGCUUACCUCUGCUUCGUCUCUUACCUGGUGUGGCGCUGCCUGAUCGCACUGGGCGUAUCCUGUGUGGAUGUUUGCGGCAGGGUUGUGCAGAGCCACAUGGACUCAUACCUGCUGAACAACCUCGAGACAGACGUGGAGCGAUAACACACACACACACACACACACACACACACACACACACACACACACACAUUAUUCUCAUUAUUAUUAAUCAACAGAACACUGGAUGUUCACUUCCUGUAGUGCACACUACGUAGUGAUGUUUUGUUCCCUACACUAAGCUGUAUAUUUGAUAUAUUUAUCUAAUUUUCACACGUUUCUGAAGGCCGUGUUCACGUGUGGGAGUGAAUCUGCACACGGCCAAUCAGAGCGUGUGUCUGUGAGCAAACCCUGAAUCACUGGUCAAAUUAUAUUUUAUUAUAAUUAGCUACUGAAGCUCCUCCCACUACUGUGCACUAAGCCACGCCCACUGUGGCACCUGCCUUACUGUAGGAGCUAAAAUUAACACUGCUCACAAGGACAUGAUUACACACACACACACACACACACACACACACACACGGUGUGUAAAGGACCAGAAUAUGAUCUUAUAUUUAGAAUCCUGUCUAGAAGCAGUGUUUUAGAUUGAAAUUUAUGGCAUUUAGCAGAAGCCCUUAUGCAGAGCGAUUAACUGAUCAGCGGAGGGUUAAGGGCCUUGAUCAGGGGCCCCGCAGUGGCAGCUUGGUGGUGCUGGGGUUUGAACUCAUGACUAGCGGUCGAUCGAUAGUGGAUUUUACCGAUAAUUGGAUCGUACUUGCCUGAUAAACAAUGAAUCGUUAUUUUAAAUGGAUACUGAAUUAAACACUCCGUGUAAAAUAGUUCUAAACUUUAUGACCAUAAAACCAGCACUGAAUUACGAAGAUGUGCUGAAUUUAGUAAGUGAGUGACUUUCCACUGAGCAGGUGAGGGUUAAGGGCCUUGUUUAGGGGCCCAACAGUGGCAGCACGGUGGUGCUGGGAUUUGAACUUGUGACCUUCUGAUCCAAAGUCCAAUGCCUUAACCACUGAGCUCCCACCUUAAUACCUUAAUAUAAAAUAAUAUAUUAAUUCUAUUCAUAAACAUUGAGGAAAAUCAGACAUGCAUUCAAACUUAAACAUAAAGUAACUCCAAAUAAAUAAAAACAUUAAAAUCCAAACUGAAUAAAAACAACAGUUUAAAUAAACAGCACGUGGUGACACUGAAUCCCUCGUACUUUAUAAUGUAACCCAGAAAAACUAUUGGUAUGGAUUAUUGAUGAUAGUUCCAGCAAUCAAAUGUAGGUGCCAAUUAAUCAGCGGUCGACCUCUACUUAUGACCGUCUGAUCCAAGGUCUAAUGCUUUAGGCUACGUCUACACUAAUCCAGAUACAUUUCAAAACUGAAUUUUCGUCUAAAAUGCUCUGCGUCCACAUCGUUGUUUUUAGAUGUUUCCCAAAAGUUGCUCAUCUGCAACGAAACGUCUGAAAACUCUCAUGUCUCUGCACUGCACAUGAACAAAGCAUAAGAUGCUUCAACCUUCUAAAUGUUUUUUCUGGUUCUUUGACUAAAAAUGCGUUUUCAAAAACCUCCGUUUUUCACACACUCCGACACGAAAACAACAAAACGUAUUAGUGUGGACGUGACUUUAACCUAUGAGCUCCAAUCUCCGUUUCUAAAUGUGAUACACACCUGAGCUGAUCACGUCCCUCUGCCAGCACACGCUAUAUUACUCUAAUGCAGCAGCGCCAUCUACCUUCAUCUGCUGGAAAUGUGAAGCAAGUGUGUUCCUGUUAUUACUGAUUUUAUAGCAGCUAUAAACACACAUUCCCUCACACACUCUCUGUGUCGAGGUUAAUGAGAUGCUGUGAAGUGUAACAUCUUUACCUCUGAGAACGUCUCAUCUGUGAUGUUGCACUACUGUCACAGCUGCUGUUCUGGAGAACCUCCUGACUGAGGAACACACACACACACACACACACACACACGAGUCUGAUUAUAAUCUGUAAUAUAUUAUAAUUAUAUAAUCUGUAUAAUAAUUAUGCAGAUGCUGAAAUGUUUAGAUUUUGUGUAAUAUUUUUGCACAUUCCGAGUCGCUGAGAGACGGCGUGUUCAUCGCCGAGCGUUACUGCUGUUAAAGAAUAUUUUUGAUUUAUAUCAAAAUCCUUUUUAUAAAGUGUUUGCUGGAUUCCAUCCAGAUGAGAAACAGUUCCAGGUGAAAGGUCAAAAUUAAGAUUUUUAUCCUUUUUUACUGUGUAAAGGAAAAGCAGAAGACUUUUAUAGAAUUUAGACUCCGUCCUUCUUCGAGGACAUUUGCAAGGGGGCGUGGCCUGGUUGGAUUAGGGCGGGGCUAAGGCAGGGAAAAACAUUUGUAGGUGUGUGUGUAUGUGUCAGGUGUGAUAUUUAUAGUUUGUUUUUAUGACAAUAUGCAAAUGAGCUGCAGACACACACCCCAGAUGGCGUUACACAUCAGCUGUGAUCAUAAAUCGUGAUUAUUUGUGAUUUUUUUUUCUCUUUACUGUGUGUGUAUUUAUACCCAUUAUUAAUAAAAUCAUAUUAUUCAGAAA